AUGUUCACUGAGUCCCUGACGCACCCCUCAGCCCGCCACCUCGGACCUCCGCCGCGGCGUUCCGGCCCACCAACCCCCUAUCCUCCAGAACAGAACCCCAGGCUCCCCGCACGACUCCGCUUCCCGCGCCCGCCCUCUCGGAGAAGCCCCCUCCAUCUUUCCCCAGAGAAGCCACUCGCCUCGCCCCACCCUACGCUUUCCGGGGCUCCCCUCCCGCCCCGCCCGCCUCUGGCUUCCUCUCUCCGCACUCCCUUCCCGGGUUCUGCUCCCCUCCGCCCGGAGGAGGGCGCCCCAAGAAUGCCGACAGGGCACCCCUCAUUCCGCAACCCUCCGGACCUCUCCAACGUCAGUCCUCCAGGCUCGGGCUUCGGGACGCCCCAACUUCGCCUUCCUGAACCGCCGCCUCGCCCUCAGGGCUCCCGGACUCCCCAACCCCGGGGCACUGACUCCCCGCCCCCGGGCUCGGGUUUCUCCACAUCGCGACGCUCCUCCGGGCUGGGGUCUGGGGCUACCCAACGUCGCGAGCCUGACAUCCCCGAGCUUGCGCCCGGGGUCUCCCCACAGCCCGGUCCUGACGCGCCUCCCGCCCCGCUCCGCGCCGCCCGCCCCGGGACUCACCGGCAGCGGCGGCCGAGCCCGUGCACGCAGCCCAGCCCGCACUCCCGGCCCGGGAUCCCGGCUCCCAGCUUCCGGCAGGCUGCAGAGACUGAGGCCGGCGCUUCUCAGUGGAGCCGCAGGGAAGAGGGGACCGCGGGGGGCGGGCUCCGCCCGGCUCCGCCCCUUCCCGACCCGGGGGCGGGAUGCGCAGACCCGCGCGCCCACAGCUGCCGCGGGUGCAGCCGGCGAGGAAGUUGA